GCUCCCCAAGAGCAUCUGAAUGAUCAAACCGCACAACUACUUGCCUACAUCAGACUGCCGCGCAUGAAGCGAUGGAAAGCGGUGGUGCUCCUGAGUCUUCUUUGCCUUGAUGAGAGGCUGCGACGCCCGCUCUUCGCAACGCCCCAAGCGAAAGAAGCGCCCCAAACGAAGCUGAAGAAAGAACUGCAGCUCUCCGGAGACUUGAUGCAGUUUGCAGUGGAGAACAAGCAAACCCCUCAGGAGGUGAAAGAGAAGCAAAAGCUGCUAUCUCUCUUCCUGGAGAUUGCCAGGAAUAGUACCCGAACGCUGAAGGCUUUGCAGAAUCGCACGGCCUCGAUCUCCAUGUUGCCCUUCGGCUCCUGCGUCACAGGCUGCGGUGCCCGAGGUGCUGAUGUGGAUGCGUGUGUCUUCUUCGAGGAUGCGGCUCCACCAGACAGAAAUGUGCUGAGAAGAGUACAGAAGUGGGUGAGCAAGGGGCGCUAUGCCAAGUCGGAGUUCAUCCCCUCCUGGGGCAUUCCACUUCUGAAGGUUGUGCGCCGUGGAGUGGAUUUGGACCUCAGCUGCAACAACGUGAUCCCGGUCUUCAACACCUUCCUCUUGAGGAGCUACGUGGAAAUCAUGCCAGAGCUGGCCGUUCUGGCCAUGGCGGUGAAGUGCUGGGCCAAGAGGCAAGAGGUCGGCUCCGUGCUGGACGGCGGCCUCUCGUCCUAUGCUUGGACAUUGCUGAUCGUCUACUACCUGCAAGUCUGCCAUGGGCUUCCAUCGCUGCACAAGGGGUCAACGAUCCCAACGGAGAAGUGCUGGGUCUACUGGGAGAGGAGGGUGAAUAAGAAGGGCAAGGAGAGGAAGCCAAGACGACGGAUCUUUGACUUGAACUUCAAGUUAACAUCCAGGAGGUCGAACCACAGCGAGUCGUUGGGCGCGUGGUUUCAAGGCUUCUUCGACUUCUAUGCAAAUGACUUCGACUGGAAGGAGGAGGUGGUCUCCGUCCGCUGUGGACGACGACUCCAGGUGGAGGAUCCCAGCUUCGCAGCACUCAAGGUCGAUCGCGCGAAGGACUUGCAGAUCGAGGACCCGGUGGAAAUUAGCCGCAACUUGAACUUCGCGUUGACGAAGGCCGGCCGGAUUCCAACGCUGAUCCAGAGGGCGGCGAAGGUCUUGAGAAACGGCCAUUUGCAGACGCUGUUGGAACCGGGCACGAAGGCGAAGCAAAGAGCUCCACUGGAGUGGCCCGAAGUCAAGGAGAUCCUCCGGAAGAGUCGGCUAAGUUGGCCGUCGCUCAAGACGAUUCCCCAGCAGACGGCCCGGCGGCUGUCUGGGAGGUCUGGAACCACGGGGCCGGCACGCUACGGAUGUGUCCACUGCUUCCAGUGGUUUUCGGACCUGAAGCAGCUGGAAGAACACCAAAGCUCUUCCGAGCACCUGGGCACUUUGGAGCCGCUCACGGUCCAGGAUCUCCAAGAGCCAGAGACCCAAGAGCAUGUGGAGGAGCCACUCGCCCUGCUCGAUGAGAAUGAGGAGCUCGAUGAGGAGGGGCCGCCCGAGGAAGCCGCGGUUUCCAUGAGGCGCACGGAGUUGCGAAACAAGCAGGCCAAACUACAGGCGCAAAAAGCCACGCUGGAAGAGGAGGUUCGAAAGUUGGAGUUGCAGCUGCAGGAGUUGCAGGGCGAGGAUCCGCGAAACUUGCUGGAGGCUGAGAAGAUGGUCUCUCCGGCCGUGGAGCCAAAAAAGCUGCGAGAAGUGUGCGGGGGUUUUCAAGCACUGGAGAUGUUGGGAGAUGUAAGCAGACAAAAGAAGCAGAUGCAUGAAGAUGUUGGGGAAAAACCGUGGAGAUGUUGGGAAAACUGUAGUGUGAAUCUGGCCAUCUGGCCAUCUGGCCCAUACCAGCUUCUUCAGUUCGCCGAACCGACGAACCGCGGCCGUCCGCCGUCGCGAACCUUUCGGUCGGCGGCCCAGGCAACGACCGAACCCCGGGACACUCCCUGAAAGAAUCCCA